CAUCGGCUGCGACGGCAGGAAUCCAAUGCCCUACGGCUCCAGUUGAUUUUACAACAACCGUGAAUUCGACUUCAUCAACAUCAUUUACAUCAGUAUCAACCGUUACUCGUUCUGGAUCACUUACCUCAUUUGUUACAGUUACAGGUCUACAAGCAAUAGCUAGUGCAAUUACAACCACCCUUCCUGCAAUAGAUUUUAGUCAACCAUUAAUACCACGCAAUGAAACAAUACCAUCCGAUGCCUCUAAUGUUGCGUCGGAUUAUAAAAGCAUCAGUUCUAUAAAUGGUUUUUCCAGAUGUGGUGGUAUUAUGGAUAUCAAUGAUUUUCGCAUACUUUAUUCUGCAUCGAAAUCAACGUUUAUCCCUUUAUUUAAAGGGAAUUCUCCGAUUAUUGUAAAUAAUGCAACGGCACGCCUUUAUGUUCAAAUAUAUGGAACAGCAGUUGCGUUGGAAUUUGAUGGUAUUCCCUGUUUUGGUGCCGGAAAUCAAAGUGCUUGCACAUCAGGCCACAUAAUUGACUCUGGCAAUACGUAUAACGAAAAAAUAGCAAAAAGUGUGGGUGCAGCUUUAAUUAAAUAUGGAUAUUUUUCUUUAAUUGAAUCACUUGGUGGUUACGCUAUUUUGACAAUUCAAACUGGGAAUGAGAAUCCGUACCUUGCCUGUGCAGUUACCAAGAUUGCUGACGAUGAUAAUAUUGCAGACUCUUUUGUUUCUCAAAAUGCUUCGACGGCCUAUACCGCUACUUCGGCAUGCUUGGGUGCAGCAUGUUUGGCACUUGCUGCUGGUGGGGUGGUGUUUAAUGUUACCACAUCAGGAACAAGUGGAUCAACAGGUAUUUAA